AUGAUUGCCAAUUCACCGACGAGUAUUGAAAAUCAAAUAGAUAGUUUCCUUGAGCAAUUCAAGAGAAGCGCCUCCAGGGCAAUGGAAGAUAACGCCAGAGGGAGUUAUAACGCGAGCAGCAGCAUCAGUCGCAGCAGAAGUGGUAACCUCGACCUCGAGGUCUUGGAGGCCGCAAUACUUUACGGCAUAAACAUCAUACUUGCAACUGUCCGUGUCAUCAUCAUUGUACAACCAAAUGUCCAGCGUAAACAAUCUGCUGGGAUUAAAAAAGAGGAGAAUAAUAAAAAACUUGGAGUUGAUAGAAAUGAUCAUCGUGAAGCUAUGGCAGAAGCAAGUGAUGAAGAAGCUGUUGAAUUAGCAGAGGAAUCAAUGGCCCCAGUAUUAAAACAGAAAAAAUCAAAAGUAGUAAAAGAAUCAAAGUAUGAAUCAACAAAACUUGAAGACAACGUAGCGCAAGUAUUGCAGCGUUUUAAACGUGGGUGUGAGUGUCAAGAUGAUCAGUGUUUUAAGGGAUUAAAUCCCGAGGCAGUGUAUCGUCAUCGUCUGAAUAUCGCCGAGUUAACAAAAGCUGAGCACGAUAUGUAUUUAAUGGGUGUGACAAUGGCAUGUUUAGCGAACCCAAAUCAAACAGCGCGUCACACCGAGCGUCGCCGAUUACGUGCUCAGUAUGUUUAUCAAGGCCGUCGCGUUUGCCUUGAUGCAUUUCUCUACCUCGAAAAUUGCACGCACUAUCAAAUAAAACGGAUCAGGAAGCAUUUGGUGACCCACGGUGUAACACCUCGCGUGCAUGGUAACCAUGGAAAAAUUCCCCACAACACAUUUUCAUUGGACAUUUACCAGAUAGCCACCGAAUUUCUGAAGUCGUUCAUCAAAGAGCAGGAAAUAAAUCAAAAGGCUAUAAAAACGUCAAUUAAAAAUUCAACUGCGAUCCAUUUACCCGCAGAGAUAACUCGGAAAACGGUGCAUGAUUUAUACAAAGAUUACUGCAAAAAAUUGUCACCGACUAUAAAAGUUAUGGGCUACUCAACAUUUCGAAGAUUUAUGAAAGUACAAUUUCCUCAUAUUAAAUUUGCAAAACUCGAAUUUGUCAUAAGGCCGCAGCAAAAUCAGUCAUCUGUUGCUGCUGCGAGCAUUAAUGAUAACAGACGAAUGGGAGUAGAGGUAGAGGCUGAAAUCACAGAAACGGAAACCGAACCAGAAGCAACAGAAUCGUUACAUUUUAUCACCGAAAAUGCAGAUAUGAUACCAAUUGUUAUUGCCACAAAUGAUAUUGAACACUAUAAUGAUAGCAAUGCAUAUUUUAUAACGCCAACUCAUAAAUUACACGGAGAGUUAAGUUAUCAAUUAACGAGUACUGAAGAUGUGGAGAGUAUGACCGGAGAGAUCGAAAACGGCGACUUGGCAGUCCGGGACGUAGCAGAUCUCCUUCAGCAUCAAUAUGCUAUUAUUACGGGAGGUAAAACAAGAGAAGGAUGUCCUAUAAUUACAUUCCCUGACAAUGGAAACUUUCACAAUCUUACUGAUUUAGAUUAUCAGCGUUUAAUGCUCUAUCUCACUUCAGUUCCCACUCUACAAGAAGCUGACUUGGGAUUCCAUUUGAUUAUCGAUCGUCGUACAGACAAGUGGAACUCUGUUAAAACUGUCCUCAUUAAAAUUUCCGCAUUUUUCCCAGGAUUAGUUCAUGUUGCCUACGUUCUACGGCCAGUUGGUUUUCUUCAAAAAGCCAUCUCUGAAGUCUCAAACAAACUCUUCCGUGAAGACUUUAAAUUUCGGGUUAUUGUGCUGGCAAAUGUAACAGAGCUCCAUGACUUUAUUGACAAAGAUCAGUUGACAGAGCAGCUCGGUGCGCGGCAUGGUGAAGCACUUUUAGAUAGUGUACGACAAUUGACCGGCAAAAGUACUGCCGAUCGAUUAGGAAAUGUCGCCGCUGUUGAACGGUUGUUAGUGCAACUAGAAGAAACAGAACGAACAUUCGAUCUUUUUUGGUCGCAUCACAGUUCUCGUUUACGACAUUGUCUAGCUCUCCGGCAAUUUGAGCAAGAUUUUCGUGAGCUACAGUCUUCACUGGAUCAGCAUCUGAAAACCGUCGACGAUAUGACCGAAGUUGGAGAAACCCAAGUUCGUGUUGAUCAACUUAUUCGUGAUACAUCUGCUUUCCAGCGAAUAUGCCGGGGUGAUAUUGAUCGUGCUGAGGAAGUUAUCGCUGCGGGACAACAGUUAUUAUCAGGAAGACAUCAAUGCCCAACAGAAGUCGUUGAGCCAAAAUGUGCUGAAUUGCAACGUGUUUGCACGAUUCUCAGCCAAAGAUUGGAGAGGCGAUUACACACGCUCACUAAAUGCCGCGAACUUAUGGAACGCAUUGACAAGGCUAAUGCUUGGUGUACUCGAGGAAUAGAACUUCUUGCGUCGCAAAACAGUACAUUACCAACAGAUCAAGCUCUUCAGGAACUAGAACAGCUUAUUGAAGCUGCUGAAGAGUUUCACAGUCCACGAUGUAUUUUUCAAGACUCGAUUAUGCCAGAAACUAAAGCAUUAGUUGCACAGGUCUUACAACGAAUCGAAGAUGUGACAUUGAUGUGCGAAAAAAAAAUAAUUGUUUUAAAACAACAGUUGAUAAAACCAGCGAGACCGGUUCAAACGGUUACACCAGAGCCAGCAAAACCACUUCAAGCAUCACCACAAAUCAUAAAACCAGGAAGAGUUUUAAAAAAAGCUAAUACAAUGCCAAAGAUGGAAAUGGGUCCAAUAGAAGGUGACUCAUCAUCGCCAGAAAGUGAACCAAGAGAUGUCGAAGCAACGCGACUCAAACGCGGUCAUGUAUUAACAGAACUUGUUGAAACUGAACGUGCUUAUGUAGCAGAACUUGGAUCGAUUAUAAAGGGAUAUAUGAUGGAAAUGACUAAUGAAACAAUGAGCCACUUAAUACCGAGUGCAUUAGUAGGAAAAUCCGACGUACUAUUCGGGAAUCUCGAAGAAAUUUAUCUCUUUCACGGCGAAACGUUUUUACGUGACUUAGAAAAUUGUAUAUCAAAUACAGAGCUAGUCGCGCUGUGUUUUGUACAGCGACGAGAUAUAUUUUUCCGUUUAUACAGCUAUUAUUGUCAGAACAUCACGAGAUCUGAGAGACUGAGAGAACAAAUACAAGGAGAGCCGCAAUUUUUAGCAGCUUGUCAGCAAAAACUAGGCCAUAAAUUACCGUUGGCUGCUUAUCUGCUUAAGCCUGUACAGCGUAUUACAAAGUAUCAAUUAUUAUUAAAAGAUUUACUCAAGUACAGCGAUGAACCGGCUUGUUGUACAGAAUUACAAGAGGCUUUGGAUUGUAUGCUCGUUGUUUUGAAAUGCGUUAAUGAUAGUAUGCAUCAAACUGCUAUCACUGGAUUUGGAGGAGAUUUAACUGCUCAAGGUGAACUCUUAUUGCAAGGAUCAUUCAGCAUGUCACAGAUCGGUUUAACUGAAUCCGUCAAAGGCGAUACGAGAAGAUUCGAAAUCUGGUUACAAGGUCGUGCUGAAGUUCACACGAUACAAGCACCGAGUAACGAAGUUAAGCAAUCGUGGGUACGCCAGAUAAAAGGUGUUUUAAUGUCGCAGCUUGCAGAGUUAAAAGGAAAACAGAGUACGGCGUUAGCUAAAUCUAAUCAUAAGUACGUAUUGUUUGAAUUAAUUGUAACUAUCGGCUGUCGGCAGCGAAAACCAUUACGACAAACAAUAUCAUGGGAAACGCAUAGUGUUUCCGGAUCACUGCGUACACUCUCCGUUGAUGGUAAUAGUGUAAUAUCACAUGUUACCGAUGUAUCACAAUCAACGGAAGAAGAUGUUGCUUGGAGUUCAGAAAAUAGUAACACCGAUGACGAAGAUGCUUUCUCUGAAAAUCCAGGACCAGCUCCAGGUGGAAGAUACGUAGCGCUGGCUGAUUACUGUGCUGUCGGUCCAGCAGAAGUAACGAUGCGAGAAGGGGAUCACUUGGAAUUAUUAAAAGUUGGCUGUGCUGGUUGGUGGUUUGUUAAAUUAAUUGGUACUGGGAUUGAAGGCUGGGCGCCAGCGGCUUACUUAGAGCCAAUAUAA